AUGAAACUUCACUUGAGCAAGGCAUAUGAUACUAUUGACUGGAAUUUUUUGGAGAAUUUGCUCAAUAUGUUUUUCUUUCCUAGUCGGUUCAUCAAUUGGAUUAUGGUUUGCUUGAGGGGUUCGUCUUACUCUUUGGUUCUAAAUGGUAGAAUUCAAGGGCACUUUAAGGGCGGAAAAGGGCUUCGGCAAGGAAAUCCUAUUUCUCCUUUACUCUUUGUUAUUGUGAUGGAGUAUCUCACCCGCCUAUUGAUUAAGGCUUCCAAGGAUAAUCGAUUCAGAUUUCAUCCAAUGUGUAAGUCUUUGAAUCUAAUUAGUCUAUGCUUUGCUGACGACCUUAUUCUAUUUUGUAAAGGUACCUCCUCCUCUGUGCAAAUUCUUCUAGAGGCGUUUUCUGAGUUUGGCAUCUCUUCGAGUCUAAAAAUUAAUUACUCUAAAUCUCAUAUUUACUUUGGAGGUGUUCCAGCUGAGUUUAAAGCUAAAAUUCUGGAAUGUUCGAAGCUUACUGAGGGUAGUUUCCCGCUGAAAUAUCUUGGGGUUCCUCUUCGGCCUACCAAAUGGAAGGCCACUGACUGUGAUAUCAUAUUUAAGAAGAUUCAGCUGCGUCUCAAUGUUUGGUCCAAUCGCCAUCUUUCAUAUGCUGGGGAUAUUCGUUGGGAUCAUGUGCUAAAGCAUGACUCCAGUUGGUACUGGCGAAAACUUUUUUUCUUCUGUAAUUCUGUUUCUCGAUCUGAUUUGGAGGCUGUUGUGGUAAAGGGUAAACUUCAUUUGGGUACCUUAGAUGUUCAAUUCCUUUCUUGUGAGCGUAUUGAGUAUGAGAGGCCUGUUUGGUGUAAGCUUUCUAUUCCUAAGCAUAGAUUUAUAUUUUGGCAGACUAUUAAUCAACAUCUUAUUACUAGAGACUUGUUGGUUCUUCAUCAUGUUGUUGUUGACUUUGUGCUUUGCCCGGUUUUUGGUCUUGCUGAUGAAAGUCAUGGCCAUUUAUUUUUUGAGUGUAUUUUUUCCAAGAAGGUUCUGCAGCUUUUUUCCAGCUGGCUUGGAGGGGUUGCUUGGCCUGGAAAUUAUGAGGAUUGGAUUGCUUGGCUAGCCAGUUGGAAGUCCGGUUGGCUUCAUCAUGUUGUUGUUGACUCUGUGCUUUGCCCGGUUUUUGGUCUUGCUGAUGAAAGUCAUGGCCAUUUAUAUUUUGAGUGUAGUUAUUUUACUAUCUUUAAAGUUGAGCAAUUGAUUAGGCACUCUGUUAAAGCUAGAGUUCUUAACAUUUCUUCUAGGCAUUUAUCUACUAGAGAAAAGCAAAUGAUUGAGUUUGUGAAAUCAUUGUAA